AUGGGUGUUUAUGUCAGUGGUUGUCUACAUUGGAUGGUAACUGUGAAGCCUGAAUCAGAUGGGUCCAAGCUGAUAGUUGCAUUUGAUUUGAAUUCUGAAAAGUUGAAGAUUGUGCCGCAGCCUAAGUAUUCACCUGGUAAAGUCCAUUUGAAUGUCGAAGUGUUACAACAACGCUUAUGUGUGCUAGUAUACUAUCCUACCAUUCGGAGUGAGGUGUGGGUCAUGAAGGAGUAUGGUGAUCAAGAUUCUUGGACUGAGCUGUUCACAGUCUGGCAACAACAUGUAAUUGAACCUUUUGAAUAUGUGAGGCCAAUUGCCUUAUCAAAGGAUGGCUCUAAGGUGCUUCUUGAACAAGAUGAUGAAAAGUUUAUUUGGUUUGAUUUGCAAAGGCAGAAGCCGGAGAGGGUGAUGAUCCGUGGUUUGCGAUCGAUUGACAAGUCCAACCCCGAUAUCUUGAUUUGGAGUGACAAUGCACCGUCACAUCCCGAAAUAGCUGUGCUGGUUGAAAGUCUUGUUUUUGGUAGCUGUAAGACUCACCGGAAGAAGAAGCGGGUUAGGUUGCUGUUUGCGUGA